CACUGAGGUACCUGGCAGUAUGCGACGAAGCUCCAUUGCCAUUUUUCAAUCUCUAACCCGCGGCCGGAAGUCGAGCCCAAGCUCUCUCCAUACAGCACAUCGACAUACGUGCAAGCCCGGGAGCCGCUACUCAGUCUAGCCAAGCUCUUGUCACUUGACAUCAUCAGUCUUUCAAAUCAACGCACGAACCCCCCACCCCCAGGGCUAUAAACCAACGCACGCUCGUACAUAUACAACUCAACGAAAGUCAAAUACCCUAUUUAUGCUGAUGAUGGACUCUAUCUGAACCCAUCCAGACGAUCAACCCGCCAUCCCAAAGGUCGAUCGUUCAUUCGACCGGCCUUUGGAAGACGGUUCCUCGAGUCCCCGUUUCCCGUACCUCUCGCGCGCCACACCCUUUGCUUGUCCGGAAGAUCGGCACUUGUCUUUGUCUCUAAAAUAUUUUUACGACCGGCACAGCGACCAUUCGCUACCUCGCGCAUUCUACGUGCUGAGGAGAAAAAAAUAAAGUUGCGUUCGCCCAUCGUAGAAAAACGUGUAUAAUAUGCGCCUCCGAAAGGCAGCGCGUGUCAUUCUUGUUGGUGCGCCGGGAGUGGGGAAGGGUACACAGUCGGAACGCCUCCUCCAGCGGUUCCCGCAGCUAUCGUCCAUCAGUUCCGGUGACUUACUUCGCAGCAAUGUUAAAAGCAGGACGCCACUCGGCAUCAAGGUCGAAAGUACCAUGAAAGCUGGUGGUCUUGUAUCUGACGAUCUAAUCCUCCGCCUCAUCAGCAAUGAGUUCAACAAACGAGGCUGGCUCUUCGCCGACCCAGCCACCAAGGCCUCCUCGAUCAUGACGCUUGCAUCCGCGUCCGCCGUGGCCGAUCAGUCCGCAUUCAGCCACGACACCGACGUCUUCCUGGGAAACAACACCGGAGGGCCUCCACCACGGCUUUCGGACAAUCCCGCCGCAUCAUUCCUGCUGGACGGGUUUCCGCGCACGGCCGCGCAGGCCGAGCGCCUGGACCAUGUCGUGCCCAUCAACCUCGCCGUGAGCAUCAGGACGCCCUUUGAGGUCAUCAUGCAGCGCAUCUCUGGCCGCUGGGUCCACGAGCCGAGCGGGAGGGUCUACAACGACACAUUCAACGCUCCCCAGGUGCCCGGGCGCGACGACGUCACGGGCGAGCCGCUCGUCAGGAGGCCCGACGACAGCGAAGAGGUAUAUCGACAGCGCUUCCAAAAGUUCCAGGAGACGAGUGAGCCGCUGCUGGAGCACUACGCUCGCAAGGGCGUUUUGUGGGAGGUGAACGGCAUGAGCAGUGAUGAAAUCAGCCCAAAGCUGUUCAAGGAGUUUGAGAGACGAUUUUUGGAGUAAUGGGCACUCUUGCACUUUUUUUCUUCUUCUCUAGGUUUCGCCCCGGCUUUGUAAUCAUCGGAGGAUGGAUUCUUGGUCUCCUCUAUAUCUCUUUGGUUUCAUGUCCCUCUUUCUUGUAUAAAGAUGGUGCACUGCCCGCGCACAUCACUUUUUGGUUUAUCACGGCUUUAUGUAGGCUUCUCCUGUCUCUACUGGUGGUAUAUAAUGGGACCCCCCGAGCGAGCAUCCUGUGCCGGCAUGGCUAGGAUUGGCGCUUCUUCUUCUACUUGUGAAGUUUUCUAAAAACACGCCAGUGCGGCAAAUUUUUGGAAGAAAUUUGCUCCGCUUUCUGACAGUUAUAUACUGGUGCUGUAACCCUUCCCAACAUGUGUCGCGAGAACUGUCUUUCAUACGAUAGGCUCACUAGGGAGUUCGUGACUAUCUGAGACAUUACACAACAGACAAGACAAAUGCAACUUGCCAUAGUAAAUAUUCGUUACUCAUUCAUGUUUAGCCAUAGAAAUAACUGCACCUAUUGAACAGGGAGA